UGUUGUUGUUGUCGUCGUCGUCGGUUGUUUAUUCUUUCUUUCUUCAUUGAUAUUAUUAUCAUGAGAAAAGUGUUACAUCAUAAUGGAUGAUGAUGAUAAUAAUAAUAAAACAAUUUGGGAAUCAUUUAUUCUUGUUUUAAUUUAUUAUGAAUAAUUGAGAAGAAAUGAGAUUUUUUUUGCUGUUGUUUUGUUGCCAUGACAAUCCCCUAGUUACUAUGAUUUCUAUUUCAUAUACAUCUUGAAUAAAAUAAUGAUGACAUUCGUUCAUAUUGGUGAAUAUUUAUUUUCAUUCAUUUUAUUUAUUCAAUUCUAUGGAAUGAUGAUGAUGAUAACUUAUGGUGAAAUUGUCAAGUCUAAUAUGAUAUUACAUAAUCAUAAUCAAAAUAAUAUGUCUACUAUUUAUAUGAUUCAUAAUGAUACAUUAUUAUUACAUAAUGAUCAUUUACAAAAUGAAUCUUUUAUAUUAGAUCAAUUCAAUCAUAAAUCUAAUGAUCCUGAUCCUGAUCCUGAUCCGGAUCAUAAUCAUAAUGAACAAUGGUAUUUUCAUUUUGAUAUGUUUAUUAUUACAUUUUUAGGUUUUAGUUCAUUUUGUGCAAAUAUUGGUUUAUUAUAUUUAGAUAGACGAGCUAAACCAUCAUGUACAACAAAUAAUUCAAGUUUUUCUAAUAAUUUCAUAACAAUUAAUACUACUAAUAACAAUACUACUAAUAGUAAUAAUAGUAGUACUAAUUUUCCUAUGCAUAAUAUCGCUAGUAAUAAUAAUCUAAAAUGUUCAUCAUUCAACUUUCUAUAUAAAAAAUGGUCACAUAAAAGAAAUUCUCAUGGAUCUAAUGGUUUACUAUUUAAUCAAUCAUCAAUCAUAACAAUACCAAAUGAGACAAUGAAUAAAAUGACCAUUCCAAAUACAACUACAACAAUAUCAUCAUCAUCAUCAUCAUCAUCAACAAAACGUUCAUUUUCUGUAUCAAAUCCUCCAUUAAAUAAAUAUCCAUCAUCAAUUAGUUUAUUGAAAUUCAAUCAUCAUCCUUAUCAUCAUGGUUCAAUUCAUUAUCAUACACCACGUAGUCGUAGACAACGUCGUUAUUUAAGAGGUUUACUUGGUUUAUCUAUAAGUAAUUUAAGUUUAUCUAUAUGUUUACUUAGUUGGUGUAUAUGUCAAAUUAUUAUAUAUAAUAUUAAUGAACAAUAUUAUAUAUUAAAUGCAUGGUUAACAAUUAUAUCAUUAAUUAAUAUAUGGACUAUAGAUAUUGCACAAACAUUAGAAAUUGGUGCCAUUUUAUGGAUUGCAUUAGAACGUACACUUGGUAUACAUUGGCCUAGUGAAAUACAAACGAUGAAUAAUAAUAAUAAUAAUAAUACAAACCUUUCAAUGAAAUGUAAUCUAAUCCAAUAUAAAUUUUCAUUAUUAAAAAAUAUGUUUAAAAAAUGUACAUUACAUAAUCAUUUUAAUUCUUCUUCUUCUUCUCCUUCUUCUUCUUCUUGUUGUUGUUGUUGUACACGUUUAUUCAUGAAUCAAUCAUCAUCAUCAUCAUCAGCCUCAGCAACAACAUCACCCUUAGCAACAACAACAACAACAACAAUAAAUAAAAAAUAUCGUGAAAAACAAAAAUCAAUAAUUUGGUUUCUACGUGUUAUUUUAUGUUUAUUACCAUUAAUUUUAUUUAUAUUAGCAUCAAUUUAUAGUUUAAUGAAUAUAAUACAACAAAUUAAAAAAUAUAAAUUAUUAUAUCAUCAACAAUUACAAUAUCAAAUACAACAACAACAACCCCAACUUCAACAACAACAAUAUCAAAUUGAUAUUAUAUCAAAACUGAAAACUACUUAUAUUACACAUAAUAGUAGUAUAAAUAAUGAUCAUCAUCAUCAUAAUAAUAGUUAUAUACAAUAUUUUAAUUCAUUAGUAGUAUAUAAUUAUUAUAUUUAUAUUACUAAUAAUUUCUUUACUAAAAAGCAUACAUACUUAUUCUUACAUAAAAUUCAUAUUAAAUAUCAAACUUAUAUGUAUUAUACUAAAUCUAUUAUACCAGCAUUAAUCAUUGGACAAUUUUUAGCACCAUUAGCGAUUUUAAUUACAACAAAUUUAUUGAUUUAUCAAAAAGUAUCAUCAAGAGAUAAACGAUUUUUCUCUAGACAAUCAAGUAAUACUAGUAAAUCAUCAUUUAUAUCUGGUACAUCGAUUUCAUCAAUUAAUUCACCAAGUCAAAGAAAAUUAACUACAACAACUAUUAAUUUUCCAAUACCAUUAUUACGUGUACUUGAAAGUAGUAAUCAAGAUAUUCGAAUUAAUUUUGACGACGACAACAAUACUACUACUAAUACUACUACUACUACUACUACUAAUAGUAAUAAUAAUACAUCUGAGGUGUAUAGUACAUUAAUCAAUAAACCUUUAAAUGAUCACUUAGAAACUAAACAAUCAAUACCAAAUUUAAAAAAUCAAAAACAAAAUACACUUUUAGUUCCUUUUAUUGAUUUAAAUGAGAAUAGUUUUCAAUAUUCAUCGAUUAAAAAUUUAUCGAAUAGUCCUUCUCCUCCCUCUCUUCCUCCUCCUCCUCCUCCUCCUCCUCCUCGUCCUCCUCCUCCUCCUCCUCCUCCUACUACUACUACUACUACUACCAUGACAACUAAUUCAUCAUUAUAUCAUAGAAAUAAUAGUAGUAUUGAUAAUAAUCAAAAAUAUUUAUUUAAUGAACGAAGAAAUAGUAUUUCAAUUAUUCAACCACUGAUAUCCUAUAAUGAAUUCUAUGAGAAUAAUUCUAAUAUAACAUUAACAUCUAAAAAAUUAUUGACUACUACUAAUACUACUAAUAAUACUACUCAUAAUAAUUGUCAACUGACAACAUCAACAGGAACUUCACCAUCAUCAUCAUCUUCAUCAUCCACAACAACAACAUCACCAUCAUCAUCCUAUCGAUUCAAUGAAUCAAAUAUUAAAUUAUCUACAAUGUAUACAAUACAAAAACGUCGUAAAAGUAGUAAUGAUAUAUUGAAUUUAUUAUUUCAAUCACGUACAACAGAUUUAAUGCAUACAAAAUCUACUACUGAUGAAUCUAUAUUAAUACAAGUAUUAAGACGACAACAUAAACGUACAUUACGUAUAUUAAUUAUAUUAUUAUUAUUAUUUAUUAUAUGUCGUGGACCAAGAUCAUUUAUAUUAAUUAUACAAUGGUUACAAUAUUAUACUUAUUAUAAAAAUCAAUAUCAAUCUUAUUUAUAUACAUGGUUACAAUAUACAAGUAUAUUUUCUUAUUCUAGUGCAAUAUUAGAUACAAUUCUAUAUGGUUUUUGGGGUAAUCGUAUUUAUCGAUUAUAUAUUAAACAUUUAUAUACACAUUGUGCCUUAUAUAAAUGUUGUAUUAAUCAAUAAAAAUUGAUUAUUUACUCAUUAAGGAAAUGAUUAUAUAUUGAUCUUUUCUAUUGUUUAUUCUCUUUUAUAAGAAAAAAAAUAAAAAGAAUUCAUAAAGAUGUUUGAAUAGGCCGCUUACCAGAACUUGCCAUUCAAUCCUGUCUUGAUUGAUUACAUAACGCCUGUUUGUUUUUUUUCUCGUGAAGGAGCAUAGACCUUUUAACAGUAUUCUUCAUCUAAACCUAUUCUGAGAAAUUUUUUCUAGCUCUUUCCAAUUGUUAUUCAUCCUUUUCAGAUCUGAUUCUAUUUCUCAAUGUAAUGUGUUCUUUGACCUUCUUUUUUUCCUCUUUCAUUCAGGAUUCCAAAUUAGCGCUUGUAUCGUGAUGUAGUUUGGUGAUUUGUGUAAUGUAUGUCUUAUCUAUUUCCAUCUUCUUUUCCGAAUUUCCUCUUCAACUGGAAGCCGGUUUGUUCUCUCCCACAGUAGGCUGUUGCUGAUGGUAUCCGGCCAAUGAAUGUUGAGUGUCUUGCGUAGAAAACUAUUUAUGAGUACUUCCACCUUCUUGAUGAUGGCUGUAGUAGUUCCUCAAGUUUUAGCUCCGUAUAUUAGAACUGUUUUGACGUUGGUAUUGAAGAUUGUGACUUUGAUAUUGGUUGACAGACAGUUGUUUUGAGUUCCAUAUGUUGUUCAAUUGUAGGAAUGCAACCCUUGCUUUACCAAUCCUAUUCAAGAUGGUUAGAAACUUUAAAUAAUAUGAAGCAAAAUCAUUUACAAUUGCAUAGAUCUAUUCAAUCUUUAUGUUCUCCUAAAUUCUUGUUUCUAAAUUUAUUUCAUUAGAUUAUACUCUUUGAAUAAUAUCUUCACACUUUAAUCUUUCCAAUGACUGUUUAUACUUUUACUAUUUCUAUCAUUAUUGGAUUUGAAUUGACAAUUGUAUCUCUGUAUUAAUAUGGUAUGACAACUCAAACCGAUGUACGUACAUACAAAGUUCUACAUUGUUACUAACUGAUUAAUUGAUUCAUAAAUAUAUAUAAACAUCUAUCAUUAUCUAUUAUCAACUAAUUCAUUCUUUAUAAGAUCUUCUUUGUCUCCUUCGUCAACCCCACCCUCUCCCUCUUUCACACACACACACACACAUAAACACACGUUUGUAACUAUUCAUUGUACUACGAAAUUUUACAGUAUAGUACAAUUUCUAAAGUUACAUAUAUCAUUCUUAUUAUUACUAUUACUGUUAUUACAAGCCAGAGAAUAGACACUUAGGUCUAUAUUGUUGAAUAUAAAUGAAAAGGUCAUGUCGUUUUUUCCUUUUUGUCACUUUUCUCUCUUUUGUUUUUCUUUUUUUUCUUUUUCACGUUUCUUUAUUAAAGUCAAAAUACAUUGAUUAGUUGAUUGAUUGAUAAUGUUUUAUUUACUGUUCUGUUUAUGCUGAUGUUCAACUUGUUACGAAAAGAAAAGAAAAGAAAGGAAGAAAGAAAAAAAGGAAGGAAGGGAACUGAAUAAAAGUGUAAUAUGAAAAUUGAAAGUUAUGCGGUUAAUUUAAACAUUUGCGCCCCCUUCCC